CUCCGCUGCCCGGGGGCCCCCCCCGCGCCCCCAUGGACCCCGACCUGGACUACGAGCGGCCCAACGUCGAGACCAUCAAGUGCGUCGUGGUCGGGGACAACGCGGUGGGCAAGACGCGGCUGAUCUGCGCCCGCGCCUGCAACGCCACGCUGAGCCAGUACCGGCUGCUGGCCACGCACGUGCCCACCGUGUGGGCCAUCGACCAGUACCGCGUCUGCCAGGAGGUGCUGGAGCGCUCCCGGGAUGUGGUGGACGAGGUCAGCGUCUCCCUGCGCCUCUGGGACACCUUCGGGGACCACCACAAGGACCGGCGCUUCGCCUAUGGCAGGUCGGACGUGGUGGUGCUCUGCUUCUCGCUGGCCAACCCCAACUCGCUGCGGCACGUGAAGACCAUGUGGUACCCCGAAAUCAAGCACUUCUGCCCCCGCACCCCCAUCGUGCUCGUGGGCUGCCAGCUYGACCUGCGCUACGCYGACCUGGACGCYGUCAACCGCGCCCGCCGGCCGCUGGCCAAGCCCAUCAAACCCUCGGACAUCCUUCCRCCGGAGCGGGGGCACGAGGUGGCCCAGGAGCUGGGGGUGCCGUACUACGAGACCAGCGUGGUGGCCCAGUUCGGGGUCAAGGACGUGUUCGACAACGCCAUCCGCGCCGCGCUCGUGUCCCGCCGCCACCUGCAGUUCUGGAAGUCGCACCUGCGCAAGAUGCAGCGCCCGCUGCUGCAGGCGCCCUUCCUGCCCCCCAAGCCCCCUCCACCCCUCAUCCAGGUGCCCGACGCUCCCCCCGGCCUGGGGGGCGGCCCGGCCGCGCUGUUCCAGGCCCCGCUCUGCGCCGACGUCGUCUUCCAGCUGCAGGGCGGCCACCGCGUCUUCGCUCACCGCGUCUACCUGGCCACCGCCUGCUCCCGCUUCUACGACCUCUUCACGCUGGAGGAGCCGCCCGAGGGUGUCAGCGAGGGGGACAGCAGGGCCCGUGACCUGUCCUCGUGGGGCCGUGGCUUCCUGAGCCUGCGCUGGGAGCCGGUGGCCGACCCGGUGGCGGGSCGGGAGCGGCGGAUGGCGGUGGUGGCCAUGGACCGGGGCGUGCGGCCGGAGCCGCUGCGCGCCGUGCUGGAGUAUUUGUACACGGGCAAGCUGGAGCGGCCCCACGGCGACCUGCGCCAGGUGGGCGCCGUGGCCGAGCUGCUGGAGGUGUUCGACCUGCGCAUGAUGGUGGCCAACGAGCUCAACCAGGAGAGCUUCAUGAACCAGGAGAUCACCAAGGCCUUCCACGUGCGCCGCGCCAACCGCGUCAAGGAGUGCCUGGCCAAGGGCGUCUUUGCGGACGUGGUGUUCCGCGUGGAUGACGGCGCGGUGCCGGCGCACAAGCCGCUGCUCAUCGCCGGCUGCGACUGGAUGAGGGCCAUGUUCCGGGGAUUUCCCCUCCAUCCCCCAGAGCAAUACGCCGUGGAUGAGCUGCUCCGAGCCUUCAUGCAGCGCGUGGAGAUCGACGAGCAGGUCAUCAUCUACCUGGAGAUGACGCAGUUCCACAACGCCCGGCAGCUGGCGGCAUGGUGCCUGCACUACAUCUGCACCAACUACAACCGCGUGUGCCGCCGCUUCCCCCGCGAGAUGAAGUUCAUGUCCCCAGAGAACCAGGCGCACUUCGAGCGGCACCGCUGGCCCCCGGUGUGGUACCUGAAGGAGGAGGAUYUGUACCUGCGCUCCAAGAAGGAGCGGGAGCGCGAGGAGCAGCUGCAGCGCAAGCAGCACCCCCGCAGCAAGUGGUGCUUCUGGCGACCCUCGCCCCCCGUGUCCUGAGCUGGGGGGGGCAUUGAGGGGACCCCCGAGUGGGGAUGGGGGCCCUGUGCUGGGCUGAGGGGCUGGGGAGGGCUGGGGGUCCCUGUUUUGGGCAGGGGGUGUUGCCCCGGGAUCCCCAAGCUGGGCUCGGGGGUUCGGCUGGGCUGGGGGUCCCUGUGGUGAGUGAGGGGCUUGGGCCUGGGGCUUUCAUAAAGGGCUGGGGGGCUCGGCUGGGCUGAGGGCCCCUGUAUUGGGUGGGGGGGCUCGAGCCCAGGGCUCCCAUGAAGGGCUGGGGGGUCCCUGGGUUGGGUGGGGGGCUCAGGCUCAGCCCCAGGGGUCUCACACUGAACGGAGGGGUUGGACCCUGGGACCCCCACCCUGGGACCCCCCCCAACACUGAGCCAGGGGGCUUGGCCGGGGUGGGGGUCUCCYAAGGGCUUGUUUACCCCCCCACCCCGGCUGUUUACAGGCUCUGCCRGGUCGCAGCCCCCCUCCCGUCCCACCGUGCCUUUCCCCGGUGGGGGUGGGGUCGUGCGGAGCCCCCUCCCCCCGGCAGGGCCCCCCCACCCCGGCCAACGCUGGUGCUACCUCUGACCGAGCAGUAUUUGGGGCUGGGGGUGCGCAGGGAGUGGGGGCUCUGCCGCUCUCUUUUUCUUCUUUGGGGGGGUCCCCACCCCCGUAGGGCUCUCUGGUGCUGUAUUUUCUCCCCCCGUGGGGCGGGGGGGGGCCAAGCUGUGAGCAGGGUGGGAUGGGUGGGGGGUGGGCGCGGUGGGGGGAGGGGUCCCCGGGUGCUUGUGUGGCUGCGAGAGCCCCCCGGCUCAUCUCUGUGCCUUGGACGGGCCCCCCGGCCCCGGGCUGUGUCCCGGGGGGAUCAUUGUCCCUGUCCCGGGGGCGUGGCAUUGUCCCUGUCCCCGGGCUGUGUCCCCGCCCCCGGGCUGAACUGCACAACCGUUUUUACACUUUUUUACCCCAGGAGCACAGCGGCCUCCCCUGGGCCCCGGGGCCCCACCCGGCCCGGAGCGGGSCCCCCCCACCUCAGCAGCGGCUGUUUUAACCUUUAAUAAAGCUUUUUGUAACGGAGCCUGAUUCUGCUGAG